CUUCUGUGUGUUGGUCUCCGCUGUUUUGGUCUCUGCUCACAGUGCUGGGAUUCCUCAUGAUGGAAUACACUGGACAUACACAGAGGGAGCUUUGGACCAGGUUCACUGGCCAACCAAGUACCCUGAAUGUGGCGGAGAGAAGCAGUCUCCAAUAGACAUCCAGCGGCGCAGCGUGAAGUACAACCCAGACAUGCUGCAGCUGGAGCUCGACGGAUAUGAUGCUCAAAAAGGGAAUUUUCUCAUGGCAAAUAACGGGCACACCGUUCAAAUUAACCUGCCUCCCACUAUGGCGAUCAUUAAGGGCCUGCCAGGAAAAUACACCGCUGUCCAGAUGCACCUGCACUGGGGCGGCUCGGACAUGGAGGCCAGUGGAGCAGAGCACACCCUUGACGGCACCCGUUACAUGGCAGAGCUCCAUGUUGUCCACUACAAUUCUGACAAGUACAAGAGCUUUACUGAAGCCAGAGAUAAGGCCGACGGGCUGGCAGUACUCGCCUUUUUCUAUGAUGACGGGCAUUUUGAGAACACCUACUACAGUGAUUUCAUCUCCAAUCUGGACAAAAUCAAAUAUGCAGGUCAGUCCAUGAACAUCUCGAGCAUUGAUGUGCGCUCUAUGCUCCCCGAGAACAUCAACCAUUUCUUCAGAUACCAGGGCUCCCUCACCACGCCGCCCUGCUACGAGAGCAUCCUCUGGACUGUGUUUGAUACUCCCAUCACUCUCUCACAUAACCAGAUCAGGAAACUGGAGAGUACACUGAUGGACAUGAACAACAAGACCCUGUGGAAUGACUACCGCAUGGCUCAGCCUCUCAACAGCCGUGUGGUGGAGUCUUCUUUCUUGCCGCGCCUCGGAAAAGGAACGUUUUGUCGUCAAGAUAAGAUUGAAUCCAGGCUCCUGAAGAUCGAGGGUCUGAUAACGUCUCUUGGAAAGCAUAUGCAUUCAGGUGGACUUUGUAACUCAAAGCCUACCAGAUAUGAACCUCGCGCUCUGUUCCCUCUGGUGCUCGACUUCCAGGAGAAAAACUCUGGAAGUUAUGCCUUGGCCCAACUCAGCCAUCCCAUGAAGCUUGACUCCUUCACUGUCUGCAUGCAUGUCCUGCCUCAGCUCAAGGGGGUCCACACCGUCAUCUCUUACGCCAGUAACGGCAACGACCACGAGCUGAUGAUCUCCAUCGCUGUGGACAAGUAUACCAAAGAAGUCGGCCUCUGGAUUGGCAAUGAGUUUAUCAAUCUGCCGCACAACUUCAAGUUCCACGAAUGGAACAACUUCUGCAUCACCUGGUCGUCCAACACCGGCGGCACAGACCUGUGGAUCAACGGCAUGGUGGGGGAGCAGCGAUAUCUGAAAAGAGGUUACACAGUCAGCCCCGACGGUGUGUUCAUUGUGGGCAAAGACCAGGAUGGGCUACUGGGCAUCUCCAACGCAGACACCUUUGUGGGGAAGAUGACUGAUGUCAACGUGUGGGACUAUGUACUGUCCACAGCAGAUAUCCGGGACCAGAUGUCGUGUGAGAGAAACAGCACCAUGAUGGGAAAUGUGUUCAGCUGGGGAACAACCAAACUCAGUCUGUUUGGAGGGGUGCAGCUCGACAGCCAGUACAGAUGCCUCUGAAUGGAUCGGCUGCUUCUGUUUGCAUGCGCUCUAAAAGGAUGCAUUAUACAAAAUGUCACUGCUGAUGGUGGGAUAUUUAGAAUGUCUUUGAUGGAGGAUAAAAAAGUCUUGCCAUGUAUUGUACUCAUAUAUUUACAGUUCAAUAAAGUCUUACAAGUGA